AUGGUUGUCGGGAUCCUCCUCCUCCUGCUGAUCUUUUGCACUUGUAGUGUCGAUGCUACUGUUGACGAACAGCAAAAUGUGGAUAGCAGGAAACCACCUCCUCAUAUUCUGUUUGUCUUGAUCGAUGACCUUGGUUGGGGGGAUGUAGGAUUUCAUCAGACCAGCGAAACUGGGCAUGAUAGACCAGAAGUCAAGACUCCUGUCAUGGAUCGCCUAGCACAAGAAGAAGGGCUCCAGUUGCAUCGUCAUUAUGUUCACUGCAGUUGUACAGGAACCCGCACCUCACUGCAAUCAGGUCGGUUUCCAGUCCAUGUACAAACAACACUCAAGAAUCCAGAAGUUCCCAGUUCCGGAAUGCCGCGCAAUCUGACAGGGUUAGCAGAGCAUCUGAAAAGUGCUAACACUAGCUAUGCCACUCACUAUGUUGGAAAAUGGGAUGUUGGAAUGGCCACACCCAAACAUACACCCAAGGGUAGAGGCUACGAUACUUCGUUGAAUUAUUUUGAACACAAGAAUGACUACUUCACGCAAGAAUGCAUUCAGUCAGUUUGCUGCAAUGACCACAUUCAUCGUCAGGACAAACCAACAAUCUAUGACCUUUGGGACACAGAUAAACCUGCCCGAGCACUGCAAGGCAGUGACUAUGAAGAGUUUAUUUUUCAAAGGAGAAUGUUUGACAUCAUCGACAGUCAUGCAGAACAGCAGGAGAGCAAAGAUGAUACACAACAGCAGCCAUUGUUUUUGUUCUAUGCUCCUCAUGUUGCGCAUUGCCCGCUCUCCGUACCACAAUCCUAUCUGGAUCAGUUUGACUUUAUGGAUGAUGAUGCAUAUGAUGAUGGUGAUGCUUGCAAGUUCAAAACCUAUACUAUUGUGGGCCCAGGCAAAAAGCAACCGAAGCAUUCCUGUCGGAAACAAUACCACGCAAUGGUCAAGCUGAUGGAUGACAUCCUCGGUAGCCUUGUUGAGCGUCUCAAGAGACAUGGAAUGUGGGAGAAUACCUUGAUGGUGGUCACAAGUGACAAUGGAGGACCCAUUGACCCGCAAGAAUCAGCUGCUACUAACUAUCCCUUGCGUGGUGGAAAGUAUAGUGACUGGGAAGGCGGUGUGAGAGCCACAGCCUUUGUCAGUGGUGGUUAUCUUCCAAUGCACCAGCGUGGAAAGAUAUUGGAGAAACCUAUUCACAUUUGUGACUGGUACGCAACAUUGCCAGCUUUGGCUGGAGUCAAUGUUCGAAAAAACGAUGAGGACGUUGCUGCAGACAAGAAGAUUCCACCAGUGGAUGCUGUCAAUGUUUGGCCUCUCAUCGUUGGUGAGGACGGGGGUGAUAGCAUGAACGGAGAGGUCUGUCUGCAAUCUGUACCUCCCCGGAAGGAGAUACCCCUUUCCAAGCAUGCCUUGAUUGAUGGCCAUUACAAACUGAUUUGGAACGAGGAAGAGAUGGUAGCUAUGGCUGGAUGGACUUAUCCGGACUACCCGACAAGCCACACGAAAGGGAAGGAUGAAAUCUAUGGUCAAAUGCUCAACUGUAGCACUGGCUGCCUAUUCAAUGUUCACACUGACCCCGGAGAGCACAAGGAUGUUUCCAAAUCACACCCCGUACGUGUUCAAGCCAUGAAGAAACGGCUUGAGGAAUUGCGAAAGGGGUUUUAUGACAACGAUGACCGUGGAAUCGAUUCUUGCCCGGAAGAAUAUGCUGAUGAAGACAACAAACUGCCUUGUGCAUGCUGGAUGGCGACAAACUACUAUGGAGGAUUCCUUGGACCAUAUCAAGAAGUUGACUUGUUACCAGAAUUUCUUGACCGUGUACAGGCGAAGUGA